AGGUUGGAAGGUAUGAUUCGAAGAGUAGCUAACCGUCGACGAUGAGGUUCUUUGUUCUUCCCCUAGUCCUAGCUGCGGCCGUUAGUGCCGAAAUGUUCCACUUUGUUGGUCAAAAUGGCCAAGGCUCGACCUUGUACAACGUUCAUGGCGCCGUCACUGUUGGAGCCAACCAGCUGACGGGCAAAAAGGCCGUCCUCGCAUACAAGGGUGUCCUUGCUGUUUUACAAGUCGUUGAGGGCGAGUACAUGGCCAGGUUCACUCAAUUCACCAUUAGCAAGUACGACAGGAUUAGCUGGAACAUUAAGGAUGAGACUUUCGGUAACCUCGAACCUGAGGAGCAGCGUCUUGUCGAAACUCUUCGUGAAGACGAUGACUAUCAACGGGAAAUGCAGAAACCUGUGAAGUUCUACAUGAAAAAUGGUCAAGUCGUCCGCAUGGAGGCUGGCAAAGAGCACAGCCAAUGGUCGCUUAAUAUCUUCCGUGGCAUCUUCACCCUGUUCCAGAACCAAGUUCAAAGACCCUACGAAAUGGCUAUUCCCUACAUUGACUAUAAAUACGAAGAUGGUGUAGCCGGCAACUGCAAGGUCCAAUACGAGGUUUUCUCUCAGCCCGAGUACGGUGUUGGUCAGGGUGUGUUGAAUAUAACCAAGACUACGAACUACAAGGACUGCUUAAGUCGUCCUGUUUACCUUCACCUUAAGGACACCCAGCGUGGCUGUGCUGGUGUAUGCGACAACCACAAUCCCGAGAACUUUCUCGGCCAGUACGAGGAGGAGCGCACCGAUCACGAGAUGAAGCCCACCCCUGGCUGCCCUGUUAAUCAGCAGCGUAGCGAUACCCUCGUCACUGUUCAAACUGUCACCAAGUACAACGUCUCCUGGGGCUAUCUCGACGGGGCUCACUCCGAGCACACUGACAUCUACCACCUGUUCGGUGACAGAUUUCAGGUUUUCACCGCUCUCCAUCUUCACCAUAACGAAACUGAGGGACCCAUGUUCGACGAGCCCCAGAACGUAGAGACUUACGAUACUCUCCAGCAGCAUUUGCCCCAUGAGGACGAGCUUGCCAUCCCUAUUUACGCCCUAAUGAAACAGCAUGGUCAGCAUCAGCAGUAUCCCCGGUACUUCCAGAGACAUUUCGAGACUGUUAUCCAUGAGCUUCGUCAGAUCAAGGAGCACCAGAAUCAGGGUCAAAACAAAAAUUACGAUGCUCCCGCUUACCUCGUAGAGCUUAUUCAGGCUAUAUCUGGCAUGACUGAGCACGAACUCAAGGAGACCGUUCCUGCUAUUGUUCGUCAGAAACAGCCCAAGCAGCUUGACGAGGAAGAGUACCUCCGUCGCCAACUCUGGAUUGAGCUUCUCGGCAAAGCAGGCUCCAAAACCGCCGUCAAGAUUGCCGUUGAACUCAUUAAGAACAACAUUUUCACUCCCGCCGAAACUCGUCGCAUUCUUCAGGACAUCGCUGCUUUCCAGUCCUACCCCGACACUGACAUGAUCGAGCGGGUCCUUGACCUCUGUCUCCAAAGUACAAGCCAGGCAUACGGACAGAGUCUUACCUCCAUUGGCAAGGCUACCGCCUGCGUUGCGGCUGGCAAGAUCAUUUCCAAGGGCUGCAACUCCAAGAUUUACCAACUGGCCCAAAAGCACCAACAAGAGAAGAAGCUCAUCAAUAGCAGUCGUCAAACCAUCCAUAGUAGUGAACAUGGUUACGAGGUCGAGCCCGAAGCCUCCGAGUAUCGUCUGACCAUGGGUCACUUACCCAUUCAACCUCAGUACCUCUGUACAUCCGAGAAGCUCCAGCAGUACGUUAAACGUCUUAGCCAGGCUCUCUCACAGGCUACUGAAUUUAGAACCAUCAUUGCCUAUAUCAACGGUCUCGCCAAGAUUGAGAAGCCCGAGGCCCUGCCUAAGCUUAUCAGCUACGUUGAAGGCACCGCCCAGAACCUCAAGUUCGUCAAGCAAGAAGGUGAAGAUGAAGACGAGGCCACUGAGUUUGUGCGUCGCGUCGCCAUACUCUCUCUUCGCAACAUUGCUUUUAAAUAUCCCAAAGAGGUUAAUCCCAUUGUUCGCGUAAUCUAUCAGAACACGACCGAGAAAGUGCAAACCCGUAUUGUUGCCUUCGACGUCUGGAUGAACACCCAACCCGCCCAGUGGGAAGUUGAAAAGGUUAUGCAGGUCGCUAAUAAAGAUUCCUCUCGUGAGCUUACCCAUUAUGUAUAUACUGCCCUCAAAACCGCCAUGAGCGCCCAGGAGCCGUGCUACAAGCUUCUGGCUGAGCGCAUCCGCGCCGUUUGGACCCAAAUUCGUCCUUUCGAUUUUGGUAUGAAAUUCUCCCAGCUUCGUUCCAUGGGCUACUACAGCUACGUUGAGAACUACGGUAUCCGCGGUAUCUGGAAGAUGAUCGCUUCUAACACGACUAUGACUCCUGGUUACACCGAGGCCAAAUUUGAGCAGGUUCGUGGCCCUUUCAUAAAGUCUGUCUUCGGAGGUAAGGUUCUUAUUAAAGGUGGCAACAGUAUCUGGGAACAAGUCGUCGGUAAGAACGAUCUUCUUGAGCAUGUUGCUUGUGUCCUUAGUGGUCACACCCAACAAUGUCAGCAGGAUGCCCGUCGCCUGUUUAAGGAUAUUGCUCAAGGUAUGGGAGUCAACAAGUACAACGAUGAAACCCCUAAGGCUGUCCUCUACUGGAACGUUUUCGCUGGUGAGGCUAUAAUCCCAAUCGAUGGGGACUACCUACAGGAGCUUAACGAUGAGCUUCGCGGAACUAUCUCCAGUCUCGGACGAAACGGUCUUUCUGGUCAUUAUUUGCGUGUGUUUUUGCCUACCAAGGCCUUCCACGUCGAGCCUACUAACCUUGGUUUUCCCAUUGUCCACUCCACCAUUCACCCCGUCGUCUUUUCUGUACGCUACGAAAACCUUAAGCUUCAAUAUAAUAAACUUGCUCCCUACAAGUUCGAGUUCACUGGAACUGUCCAGCCCACCAUCCUUUCCUUCCGUCAAACCCGUGUCUUCGCUGCUGAGAGGCAGGGUCACCGCGUUCCCACCAUGAAGGUUACUGACAUCAAGGAGUUCAACCCUCGUUUCAGCUUCCAGCUUGGCUACAUCCAAUCCGAGCACCGCUUCUAUGGCCAUAUCAAGCCCAUCUUCGACCGUGUCUUCCAUUCUGGCCACUGCACCGAACUCAAGCUUGAGGCUAAUAAUAUCAUCGAUGCUGAACCUUAUGCCUGCGUUGUUGAUUACGGCAACUGCAUCAAGACCUUGUACGAUCCUAUUCAUCGCAACCAGCAGAUAGGUGGACAGUGGUUGGGAAUGGUCCUCCGCCUUGCCGGUGAGUCUCACCAGUCCUGGUCAGGUCCUGGCACCUUCAGUUCUCAGGAAGCCCGUCAGGAGGGUCUUUUUGCCGCUGCGUUGAACCAUUUUGCUAACAACGGCAUGAAGCACCACGCUAUGUCUCUCUACCUUGAGCCCGACAAGCGACAGCCAAUCAACGAGUGGUCUGCCGUAAUUGAUCUAGACUCUAACCUUGAACGUCUUGCCAAGGUUGCCAUCUCUGAGCAGGCGCAAAAAAUCCAGAAGGUCAAGGCUGAGUACAAGUCUCGCCAGCAGCCCAUCAACGUUGAGCUCCAGGAGGUCAUCCGCAAAGUUGAUAACCUCCUCGAGAACACCAAUGAGGAGAUCGAUGAGACCACUAUCGAAAGUCAGAUACUCGUCAAGAUCCAGGGUAGCCACCAGGGUCAGCCCAAGUGUACUAUCAAUGUUGCCAUGAAGAAGGUCCACAACUUUGAAAGUACAAAGCAGGUGUACGCUCUCGCCGUAGAGCACAAAGAGUCAAACAACAAUAUCGAGCUCUUCGCCAACGUCUCCUACCCCAAGAUCGGCUCUCCUUUCCACUACGACCCCACUUAUUUCUCUGAAGAUCAGCGCAUGAACGGCACUUUCAUCGCCAAGUUCCAGGGCCAGCAGGAGCAGACCUACCGUGUUUCUUUCCAGGCUGUCAAGUCCGAGGAGCAAAAGAAGGGAUCCAAUUAUGAGUGGUUCGAGGUCCGGUGCCUCGCUGAGCAGAAGGCCGGCAAGACUAUGACUGAUACUUGCAAGAAGGCUAUCCUUAAGGCCAAUUCUCUCGACGCCAUGAGCAUGACUAUCCAUCUUCCCCGUAACGUCGACCCCAAGGCUAAGUCUCUCGCCUAUCAGACCCUAGAUUUCGUCAAGUACCAGCUCUACCCGAAGAUGCAGUCUAAGCUUGUCAGCCACAAGGAGCGUCAGCAACAACUUCAGAAAUAUCAAAACGGGAAACAGGAGAUCUACAUCUCCGCUAACGCUACCCGUGAUUCUGCCUCGUCCCUUCUCUACAACGUCCACCUCGAGAUGCCCUUCGAGGACGUGAUGUUCUCUAAGAUCCGCCUCCCAGGUCUCCGUCCCAUCCAUAUGCAACUUUCCAGUAGGCAGCAGCUUGAACACGUUGCCUACCGCGGGCAGAAUGAGAACGUUUGCGUCCUUGGCGACAAGUACGUCCGCACAUACGACAAUGUGACCUUGAGUCUCGACGUCAUGCAGGGCUGUGAGUACGUUUUGACCCGUCACCAGUCUGAGAACGACCCCGUCUUUACCGUUACCUUCGAGGUCGUCAAGCCUAACAGCUUUGCCAAAAAGAUCCGGGUCCAGUUAUACGACCAGGUCAUUGAAUUUAUUCCCUUCGUUACCACUGAUCGUUAUUUCCAAGUCAUCAUCAACGGUAAUCAGCACCAGCUCACUUUCAAUAAGCCGAUCGCCUUCGUUUACGGCAAUGGCCAGCGCGUCUACCUCAACGCCUACGAGACCCCUAACCCCCACGACGCUCCCGUUGUAGACCUCUACACCGAAUCCGAAGAAUUCGGGGUCCACUUUGAUGGUCACGCCGCCAAGGUGUACAUCAACGGCAAGUACAAGGGUUCCACAUACGGUGUGUGCGGCAACAAUGAUAACGAGCAAAAACACGAGUUCAUCGGUCCCAACAGUCACGAAUACGAGCGUUCCAACGAGUUUAUCGCCGCCUACGGCAUCGGUCAGCGGUGCAAGGUCCCCGCUCAAAACAGCCACGAGAAGCAGAUGGAGAUUCUUAAUCAGGAGAUCGAGCAGAUCCGCCGCCAAGAGCAGGUCAAGACGCAGCUGCUCAGCAAACAGAUGCAGGACAGCUACACCCAGCAAAAUGAGCGAAGCCAACAGCUCGGCCAGCAGCAGAACGAGUUCAACCGAUUCUGGAUGGAGCAACAGAACGAGCAGUUCUGGGGAAAACAGCAUGGACAGGAGGAGGAGUGGGACUCCGAAAAGGAGCAAGAGCAACGUCAAAUCCUGAAGACCGUUGUGUCUAUCGAGAACGAUCACGUCUGUUUCUCUUCCAGGCCGAUCGCCACUUGCAAGCUCGGCUACCACCAUGAGGGUGUGCUCCGCAUUGAACGCGUUGAAUCUAUCUGCCUCGAGAAGAAUCACGGGGCUGCCAUAGAGGCUAUAAAACAGAUUCGUGCCAAACGCACCAUCGACGUUACCAGCCUCGCCCAAUACCAAAAGGGACGUCUCUUUACCAUGCACAACGUGCCUAAGUGCAAACGAUACGAAUAAAUGAUGUGGUAACAAUUAUGAAUAAAUAUGACAGCUCGUUCGCUCAUGCGCG